AUGACCAAGAGAACGCUCGUGGACGAAUCCACACAUUUCGUACUGACCCAUUAUGACAGCAAGCCCGAGGGAAAAGAGGGGGAUGACCGAUCCCCAUUUUUGGUCCUUAUCUCCGGUCCUCAAGGCUCCGGCAAGACGACUUCCACGCACGCCAUAAAACAAAAGCUGCAUGAACUGAGGCCGGAGCUGAAAUGCCUCUGCGUCUCAAUCGACGACUUUUACCUCACACAUGCUGACCAGCAGAAAGUGUCGAACAACAACUCGGGCAAUGGCCUUCAACAAGGGCGGGGCCUCCCGGGCACGCACGACAUGCGUCUUCUUGACAGUUUCAUGCAGCGUUUGCAUGAAAAUAAAGGUUCUGUGCAUGUGCCCGUGUACGACAAAUCGCUCUUCGGCGGGGAGGGCGACAGGUCUGCCAGCGCGGACGAGGUAGCACUGCCCGUAGACGUGGUGAUCGUGGAGGGCUGGUUCCUGGGGUUUGAGGCCGUCGGCGAGAAGACGCUGGAACAAAUGCGGUCCGAGGUGUCCUCGCCGCGGGGAAAACUGCUACGGACGCACGAACUGCAGCAUCUGCUCCAAGUAGAUUCGGGUCUAGGAGCUUACGCACGUGCUCUUUGGAACAACCCAACAUUUCGGUCGGUGGGCGUUGUGAUCGCGGCCGACGUGGCCAACAUUUACCGCUGGAGGCAGCAACAGGAGGCGCAGAUGAUUGCGAAAUACGGUAGCGGAAUGAAUGAGGAGCAAGUCAAGGCGUUUGUGCUGAGGUACAUGCCCUGUUACGAGCUGUAUUACCGGUCCCUCAUGGAGCACGGCAGCUUGGGCACUGAGGCAGCUCUGGUAGUGCACAUUGACGCCGACAGAACAGUCACGGGCGUUGAAGAGAAAACGCGAGCCGCAUGA